AUGGCCAGGUAUCUCACGCCUGCCAAGAUUGGCAUACUAUCCCUGAUUGAGCUCUACACAGAUGAGCAUGUCCCUAAUGCUGCCAUCAUCCCCGUUCUCUCCUUCAUCACUUCUCAUGUCCUCGACUACGACCCGGCAUCUUUUCACUCCAGUAAUGCAGCCAGCUGGGACAAGGCGAAAAAGGCCGUCAGCAUCGUUGUAUCGAUCCAAGACUUCGAAAGCCUUCUCAACCCAUACCCCGUACUAGUAGGCUUGCCGGGCAGAAAGCUGUGGGAUAGCUUCCUCGACAGACUAUGGGAUAUCAACUCCCUCCAUGAGCUGCACUCGUUCUUUGAAAGGCAGUCGCAGGCAAUGGUCAAGUCGAAAGAGCAACUGCGGCGACAGGGCGACGAAGAACCCGACCAGGCAGGGAUACGCCUGACGCGCAAUUCGCCAUUUGGGACCUUCGUCAGACGCUGUCAGCUUGAGUUUUCGCGACUACGGUUCCACGAUAGCACCGAGCUCUGGAAGGAAUUCGUCAAGUACCGACAGCCGACUGUAUCCUACAGGAGAAGACGGAACCCUUCCUUUGGCCGCAUGAGCUUCGACCACGUCCUCGAGGUUGGUGAGCACGAUGACUGGGACCCGGAAGGCGUCGAGACUCUUGCCUCAGUUGCCUACGGCAGCCUGCUGACGAGCGCCGAGCCAUCGUCUCUUUCCGUGAGCACGGACGAUGUCGAACUUUUACUCGAGUUCCAGAUCGAGCAGAUGCAGAAACAUGGCAACCGCGUUCCUGUCGAGGUUCAACACAAGUUCCGAGACGUCGUAAAAGACAGCGUUGUGGUGCCCAGCACAGCGCACUAUCUCAGCUUUCUCGAUGCGUGGCGGUCAGGUGACUAUCCCACAUCAUUCGAUUAUCUGCACCGAUAUUUCGACUACACGAUGCAAAACCGAGAUCGACUUUACUACCAGUAUGCUCUCAUGAACCUGGCCGUACUGCAAGCCGACUUUGGCUGCCACAAAGAUGCAAUUACGACCAUGCUUGAAACAGUGUCGACUGCGCGUGAGAAUCGCGACAUGACAUGCCUCAACUUCUCUCUCAACUGGCUUUUCCACUACGGACAAGCACAUCCAAACUUGAUCCGCGAUCUAGAGACAGACAGUGUCCUCGGUGCUGGUAAGGAAAGCUUGGCAUAUCUUCGCGUCAAAGCCAAGGAGACCAACAUGGGCACUCUUUGGAGUUCUGUCCUCAUCAGCGAGGCAAAGCUGGGCCUCAUGAACGGCGAAAGCGUCGCCACAUCCCUCGAGCUUUUGGUGCGCAGCUCCCACUUGAUCGUCGAGAAAGAACAUGAAGAACAUUCGGUCUUUGACGAUGAAUUGAAAGUUACUUGUCGGCUAGCUGUGCAGCUGGCAGAGAGGGGCAAGUACGACGACGCCUUGAAGAAGCUCGAGGCCCUCGACGAGAAUGCGCUACGCUCCUGGAAACCAAGCCAGUACUGGUUCAAGUACCGAGGCAUCAUCAAGCUCACACGCGAUCUGCGCCACAACAACCUGGACGGUGCUGAGCAGAUACUCUCCCAGCUCUUGCAGUCCAAAAUGGACGACAUGGAACCAGACAUAGCCUUCAUGAUUGACUACUUGCAUAUUGACUGCCUCAAGCGACGAGGCGAUCUAAGUAGUGCCUUCGAGAAGGUGGAGGACAUGCUUGAGGAGCUACAAGAAGAGAACCGAGACUUGUCACUCCGCAUCCAACUGAUGCUCGUCAAGGCUCAUCUGUACGAUAAGGCUGGACGACCGCAGCGAGGCUUCACCCUAGCCAUGAGGGCUGCCAGCAUGGCGUGGCGUGCACGGUUGGUGCCAAACUUGUGGCGUGCCAUCGGUGCCAUUGCCAACAUACUCACCUCAUUAGGCGAAUUCCAAUCGGCCAUUGACCUGCUGACAGCCAUCUUACCGCGAAGCCUGGAAUGCGAUUCUGCGAGGUUGAGCGGGACUUUAUACUCCCAUCUUGCCGAUGCAAAUAUGGGCCUCGCUGGGGGUGCGCCAAAGGGCUCUGCUAGGCGGACAGAGUGCAUGACCAGAGCGCUGCGUGCCGUGGAAAAGGCCUUCGAUUGCUACUCGAGCGUCGAGGAGAUUGUCAAGCAGUGCGAGAUGAUGGCCAAGAAGGCAACGAUUAUGCGCGUGGCGGGAGACAAGGCCCUUGCCGCGGAUUGUGCAGCAACAUAUGUGGCCCUGCGUAAACAUGCCGCCGUGCUGGCAAUGUAAGCGACUCUAAUUCUAGU